AUCAUCCUUCUCUACAAAGAAGAUCACUGUAGGACCAUCUAUCACGACUUCUGCUCAAUCUCCGUCGUGAUGAACAUCCCUGCGAAAGAACGCAAACCGAAGAAGCCUCACUACGUCCCUCGUCCUCCCGGCAAGCCCUUCAGAUACCAGUGCUUCCAGUGUCCCUUCACCUGCAACCAGAAAUCACACCUGUUCAACCACAUGAAACACAACCUGUGCUCCGUCUCCAGCUCCAUCAGCUCCAUCAGCUCCAGCGCCGGCGCAGUGGAGGAAACCAGCAGAGGACGGCCGUCAGAGGAGGACACAGACCACCCUGAGACACAGACAUCUCCAGACGUCUGUGAGGAAACCACAUCAACUGUGUGUAAACCAGAAGUGCUCCGUCCUCACGGUCCUGGGACGGUCUGGAGGCCUCCGGUCACGUUCACACCCGCCGCUCUGAACCUCCAAAACAAGACCAGUCUCCAGGAAACAGAGGAUUUUCAGUGUCACCCGGGGUUUCUUUCCCACACAGCUUUUCAUCCGCUUUAUCCUCACUAUCAGCCCUACAUCUAUGAGCCGGUCCUGCCUUACGUCCACGGACUGUUUCCUCAGAUGUUGCUCCCGAUGCCCCCGAUGCCAGAGUAUUUCAGGUACUACUACACAGUCCCUGCUCCCAGCUACACCCGCUACCAUCCACCGGAGCAAACUCACCCCUUCGUGUCUUCAGUGAUGGACAUCGGCUCUGCGUUUUCAGCUCCGCCGCGCCGCGAAGCCCUGAAUGUGCCAUAUGAUCUUUAUACGCUCACAGAUGUGAAGGGAAAGGAGGUUCAGGUGAGUCCCCAGAUGGGACGCUCCAUGGCCGGAUCACCAGAUGAGAGGUGUGCAUUAGUAGCCAGCCAAUCAGAAGAGAGGGGCGGGGCCACACAAGUACAAGAGGACAGGAGUCUCCCAGAGAGGGCAUCAUCUGCAUCCAGAGAGAUGGAAAGAGGGGGAAAUGAUAGAUUUGAUGAGGAUACUUUGGUUCCUCUCAACCUCUCCAGGAGAGACAGUCCUCUGAAUCAGUCAGACAGCAGCCUGAAGAAUGAGGGGAUUGUGGGUACCGUAACAUCACAAGACCAUCACUUACCUGUAGAGAAAACAGCCGCAUUCGCUCUCUGUCAGCUGGCUCAGUCCAGCGCUUCAGACCUCAGCAGGAACCUGGAUGCAAAUGUCUGUCAUGAGCAAGAAACAAACCUUCUGAGUUCAGCGCGAAGUCCAGCAUCUGAUGCAAGUGAACACAGAGACUUCACAGAAACAGCUUCCACUGACUCUAAAACAACCGCAGAUGUGAAAUCAGGUGUAUCUGUGGAAAGCUCCGCCCCUUCCGGUGAAGCUGCAGAAGACCCCGCCCCCUCAUCUAAUAUUCCACAUCAAACACAGACAAAAAAACUCAGAAGACACAACAUGAAGAGAAAACUGACGAGCAGCCGCAGCAAACACAACCUGAGGAAGAGAAUUCGCAGAUAAUGUCAGACGAUCUUCUUAUAACCUACAGUAUGAAGUUUAAAUGUUUCAGGGAAGAUCAGCUCAACUUUCAUGUGAAGCAGAGAAUCAUCAUUUUUUAUAUAUAUUUUAAAACACUGUUACCAUGAUUUUUCUCACAUUGGUAUGAAGUUUUCAUACUUGUAAAAUAAAGUAAAAUAAACUAAAUGGUCAAA